UUCUCCAAUUGCUAGAAAGAUGGGCUUCCAUUCCAUAACGCUAGUUGGCCUCUUGCUUUGCGCUGUGGGCCUCGCCACGGUUCAUGCUGGCAACGAUUAUCUCUGGGGCGAAAUAGGACCCAACGAUUAUCAUCUGGCCAAGGAUACGGUGUCGAAGGCCUUCUUUGUGGGUCUGGUGCAGACUAAGAAAUAUGUGUUCAAGCAGAAAGAUAAUUUGGAUGCCUUGACUAUUACGGCCAUUAAGGUGACCGACAAGAAGAAGAGCCACGGAGCUACGGCUGUGCUUGUUUCUGGCGGACCCGGCUCGAAGGGCGCUACCAUUCAGUUUACUUCGGAGCGUGGCUACGGCAUCAAGGAUGUCGUUGAGAUCUGGGGCCGUUAAAUACUGACUAUAUAAAAUAUAUGUAGUUGACAGUUUUCCUCGAGCCUGUAAGCCUAAAAGUAUGCAUUCCGCUGUAGAAUAAAACAUUUCAACUGUUUCUGA